CCAUUUUCAGAGUCUUGCUAUUCAAUUUCAAUCCUUUAGAACCUUCUGUCUUCCCGAAACUCGAACCCAGAGGUUUAGCAACAAUGGCGUCAAACCCCGCCACAUUACUUCGUAAAUCUCCCUUGUUAUACCGUAUAGCUUGUUCUUCGCGCAAACCCACUCCACGCUUCAAAACUUCUCUUAGAAUUCCGAACCAGCUUUGUAUAAUUAGUGGGUUUAAAAGCCUCUUUCACUCAUGUUCAAGUUUGAAUUAUGGGUUUAAGGAAAUAUGUCAUCCUAAGAUUGGGUUUGGCAAUCUGGGUUCAGAUAGUUUUCGCCUGUUUUCUGUGACUGAUGGUGGUUCUGGCGGGGGAAGUAGUGGCACCGGUGGCGGUUCAGGUGGAGGAAAUUCUGGUAAUGAUGGUGGUGCUGCAGGGGAUGGAGGUGGCAAGAAAUGGUCAUUUCUAUCAUGGUACUUGUCACUUCUUGAGAACUAUCCUGUGUGGACUAAAGCAAUUACAUCUGCAUUAUUGACUUUCAUUGGAGAUUUAACCUGUCAGCUUGCAGUUGACCAAGUACCUUCAUUAGACUGGAAGAGGACAUUUCUGUUCACAUUUUUGGGGAUGGCCUUGGUGGGUCCAACAUUGCACUAUUGGUAUUUGUACUUGAGUAAAUUAGUGACAAAACCAGGAGCAUCUGGUGCUAUAUUACGCCUUCUUCUCGACCAGUUUUUGUUCUCGCCUAUCUUCAUUGGAACUUUCUUGUCUACUUUGGUGACAUUGGAGGGAAGGCCAGCACAAGUGAUCCCAAAGCUGAAACAGGAGUGGUUCUCUGCUGUUGUUGCUAACUGGCAGCUGUGGAUUCCUUUUCAGUUCCUCAACUUCCGAUUUGUGCCACAACAAUUUCAGGUUUGAAGGCAAAAAUAUUAAUUGAAUUCCGAGCAAUCUGGCUGACAAAUUUCUGUACGAUUGCUCUGCAUUUUGCUUGUGUGAAGUGAAGCAUAGGCUGUCUAUUUUGCAAGAAGGCUAACGUUGUUAAUGUAUGCAUUCACUUGACAAAGAAUAUUUGCUCGGCAUGAAUACUAUACUAUGAAUAUAAAAUUCCGGAAAAAAGAGAAACUUCAAAGUUUGAUUGAGAAAAUUUUGAUAACAUUGAUAGCGUCUUUUGAUUUGUUUUACUGCACAUAGCUAAACAAAGUUAUUUUCCUUAAUAAUUAGAGCAUUCCUAAGAAAAUUAAACGUCAGAUUGUGGUUUGAGUCUAAAACUGUACCAGGAUGCCAAGAUGUGAGAUAAUAUUGGUUUGAGAUAAUUUUGCUAUGCUCAUAAAGGAUGUUAACAUGCUUGCUGCCCUCGUUUGGUGAUGUAUUUGGACACAACCCCUGGGAUUGUUCAGUAUCAUGCACUGCUAGGUAUGCAGCUUGCAGACCUCUAAACUGUGUCAGUGUACAUGGACAUACUUUAAAGUAUUUUUGAUAACAAAAUGAGCAAUGCUCAUGUCAUGAGAUACAAUUGCGUCCCGAGGUUUUCAAAUUUCCUUGCUAUUUCCAUUUAGCCUUGAACAUGACAUAUAGAUUGCGGCAUACUUUAGAACAGUACACGAACCAUCAUAAUGGAAGUUGAAUAAUGGACUUGUGGGUCCCCAAGAUUGGGUUGUAGGUUUUAAAUCUCAAAAUUGAUGGAUUCAGAUUUUGUGUAGUUCUGUCAGGGUAUUCGUGAUCCAUGUCUUAAUGUAACAUGUCAAGUUGUUUGUUCACCCUCAAUGGUGAUGCUGAGCAGUGAUGUGUAAAUAUCAAAAGGCUGCUUGGCUUCUACGGAUAGAAAUGUAUUUAAGGUUUGCAAGUGAUCAUGUAUGGUUCUUAGAUAGAAUUCAUCUUCAUUCUCCUUUAUGAAAGUUUGUACUAUUUUGACCUGACAAUAAAUGAGGAAAACUGAGGACAUCGAGAGGUUUAAUAGAGUGAACUUAUCAUUUGUGGGAAUCGUCUAAAAUUGGCUGUACAUAGCUUGCAUUUUACUUAAUUGGUGUAAUGCGAUCAUUUUGCAUCAUACUGACGGAUAGCUGUCCAACUUCCAGCAAAGUUACUGCUUACAGCUUUUUACAGAUUUUAAAUAAGACUAAUUCCUGAGAUUUAGUGUACAUUCAUUUUCUUUCUUGCACUUUCUUUGUCAUAAUGAGUUUGUGUGAAAGGUAAUGUGGAAUGUGUAUCCCCCUUUUCUUUGUUAUUUUACUGCUGAUUGAACUUAGCUGUGGACAACAACAUCAGUUUUAUAUCUGGUAAAACUUUCUGUUUGUGCUCCUUAUGACAUAUUGGACAAUGUGCAUUUAUGACUGUACUUGCCGUUGCAGGUCCUUGCUGCCAACUUUAUAGCUCUGAUAUGGAACGUGAUUCUCUCAUAUAAAGCUCAUAAAGAAGUUCUUGCAAACUAGGUAUCUCAAAAAUAGGUCUCUCUUUGCUUUGUUAUAUUGGAGAUCUACUCUAUCACAAGAAUUUCUCCUGGUACUAGAAUUGCACAAAGAACUAGGCAAGUGGAACUUGCUUGUUCCCACUAUUUUGGUGAAGACGAGCUGUUUGUUUUUUCUAGCUUAGGCAAAUGAUGACUAGGUCUCACGUUGGAAUGUUUAUGGGAUUGAGAUUAGUUAACUUGCUUACUUCCGUAGAGCAAAUGAUAUUUUCAGUUUUGCAUCACUUGAAUUUUACCCUGUGAAAUGACUUCAAUUAACUCUGAUUGUUGAUUAAGGACAAGGAAGCCCUAUUAUUCUGCUCCGCAGUUCUGCGGUUCACAUAAGUACCGCUUCCGAUGAUUCUGUUCAUGUUCUGAAAUCACAACUUAAUCAGUCAUAACCCAAAACAAAAGAAAAGGAAACCCGAAAAAGGAUUAGUAGUACAAAGUGUUUGCAAAAGUUUUAGAAGCGAACGAUUUGUUGGUUAUUAUUAGUAAAAG